AUGUUUAAAAUUUGCUACACAAAGAAGGAUAAGAGUGUUGUUGAUGAAAACACAAAAGAAGCAAUGUUACGAUUACAAGAGAAAGAAGAAUUGAAUGAAGAUGCUUCAAAAGAAAAGAGUAUGAAUGACACUUUUUUUGAAGUUAUGGGUAAAGAAAAACAUGGAUCAGUUCGCAUGUAUGGAUUUGGUGUUUGUCCAUCUGAUGUGUGGGAAAACAAAUCCACUUGGAGGCGAAAUCAAAAGGAGUAUGUAGAUGCCCUGAAAUCUAAAAUAAAUGAGUUAACAUCUCAAGUUCAAACUCUUUCGAGCAAACAAAACAAUGUCAAUGACAUAUCUAUUGUACAAGUUGAGGCUCCGAAUCAUAAUGACAAUGUCACGUCUUCACAACUGGCCAAAAGUGCUUGUCCGUCACCUAACAAAGAACCACAACGUUCACUAUUAUUUUCAUCUUCAUCAUAUGAUACUCCUGUUGCUGAAGUCGGAGAAGUGGUUAAUCUUAAGAGUGUCACUAAUGAUCCUCAAACAAUUGUUAUCGGUCUAGUUAGUAGUAAGGAUCCAUCAAAAGAAGUUGGAGGGAAAGAGCUCGGAAAUUUCUUUUCUGAAGCUAUUGUUCAAGUUCCUAUCCAACCUACCGAGCAAUUAAUUAGAGCAUAUGGAUGUUUUAAGACAAUUGGUGAAGUUGUUGGAGCACCUAUUGCAUGA